UGGUGAAGGGGAUGGAUGGUGUUGGACUCGCUUGCCUAGGAUAAACGUAGCGUGUGCAACUUAGCCGAGCUCACGUCGGUGCAGGGCCUUAAUUCGUGCAAACUUGAGAAUCAGAGGGCAGCGUUAUGCAUUAAAAUAAAUAUUCGCAGUUUUGAAAGCGGUGGGUGCUCUGUUACACUGCAGAUGUGUAGCUGCUCCCUGCCAGAUCCACAGUUAAUACGUCUAAAGCUGUAUCAUAGUUAACUGCUGGAAUCUGAGCUCCUGUUCUGUUGGGUUUAAGGAAAUAAGCAUCCCUGAUGGUCCUCCCCCUUUUCCCUACAAUUGUCUCCAUGCCUUAGAUGGCCUUGGGAAAACCUUUUUUCAACCUCAUCUGCCACUUUGUCACUAUUUAUCUUGGCUAGGUAAAGGUGUGUUACUGGGUUAUGCCGGACAAAGCAGUAAGCUGCUUCUUGUCCUGGAUUUAAUCCAUUCUGUAAAUGUUCUAUGCCGUGAAUACAUGGGGGUUGGAACAAGGACCAUGUUGUAUUGGGAUGCCUUUCUUUGAGUAACGUAAACUUCCUUUUAAUUGUCAUGCAUUUUUCUAGUAAAAGCUCUGCAAGUCUGCAAUAAAAAUGGCCUCCAAUAAAACUACAUUGCACAAAAUGGGAAAGAAACAAAAUGGCAAAGGUAAAAAAGUUGAAGAGGCAGAGCCUGAAGAAUUUGUUGUGGAGAAAGUCCUGGACAGACGUGUUGUGAAUGGAAAGGUGGAAUACUACUUGAAGUGGAAAGGAUUUACAGAUGCUGACAACACGUGGGAGCCUGAAGAAAACUUAGAUUGUCCAGAGCUAAUUGAAGCUUUUCUGAACUCUCAGAAAGCUGGUAAAGAAAAAACAGAUGGUGCGAAAAGAAAAUCACUGUCAGAUAGCGAAUCUGAUGAUAGUAAAUCAAAGAAAAAACGUGAUUCUGUUGAUAAACCGAGAGGGUUUGCAAGGGGUCUUGAUCCUGAGAGGAUAAUUGGGGCUACGGAUAGCAGCGGAGAGCUUAUGUUCCUCAUGAAAUGGAAAGACUCAGAUGAGGCAGAUCUGGUGCUGGCCAAAGAAGCAAACGUGAAGUGUCCUCAGAUCGUAAUUGCUUUUUAUGAAGAACGACUAACUUGGCAUUCAUGCCCAGAAGAUGAAGCACAAUAAUUGUUUGCAUCACUUUUUUUAUAUAUAUAUGAAUAUUAAAACCUGAAAUUUGAUUUAUUAGCAAUGUGAGAAGCAUACAUUCUAAAAAAUUCAAAUUUGAUAUUUUUUUGAAGUAGUGUGUUUUGCAUCAACAGCAAGUAAAUAAAAGCUUUCUGCAACUCAUUUCAUUUAUCACAGGAGAGCAUUUGAUACUACUACUUCCUCCAUAUUAGGUGAAAGCUUUUAUAAAACAUUCAUAAACUUCCAUGGUUAUUAUUGAAUCUUAACGAAUGUCUAAACAAGCUCACAGAUGUUUUGUAGUCUUCUAUACAGUUGAUGUGCAUGUUUCUUCUUUACCCAAACCUAGCCCUUUACACCUGUAGACUCAUUCUUUUUAGUAUUUGGGGUCACACGAUCCCAAGAAGACCAGGUGAAAAUUAACUUUGUAGUAAUUUGAAUGUUAUCAGACUGUAUAUUGUUUACUUUAUUGUAAAUACUGGUGAACAGUGGUCAAUAAAAUAGUUUUAUAUUCUUCCUUUA